CCUCAGAGCUACUACAGCAUGCCGCCACCGCAGUACCCGGCUGGAGUCCACCCGGGGUACAUGCCAUAUCAGAGCUACACACGGUCCCCGCCGCCAAUGCAGCAGUUCGCCCCCAUGACAGGAGUCGCCGUCUCGCCAGGCUACCAUCGAGCGUCCCCCAACCCGACGGCGCCGUACCAGGCUCCGCUUGCCUACGGCCCCAAUGGACUGCCUCAUACCCCGUCUUCGACACACUCGUCACUGCCGCUGCGCCCGCCCACGCCCAUGACUCCCCAGACGCCUCGAAGCGACCAGUCGACCGGCGCUGUGCCCCCGUCAGUCAUGAACUACGCUCCUCCUCCCAUGGCUGUUCCUAUUCCUGCUCCUGAGCUGCCCUGGUUCUCACACCCCGACGUUCCAUUUCCCAAAAGAACCCCUCGAUCAAAACGGCAAAGCAAGCUUCUUAUUGCGGAAGGAGGCUCGAUCGUGCUCCCUGUAGUAGCUCUUGAACAGAAGUCCAGCGAAGAGCCUGCGAUUUCUGCCAAGCCUGAGGCUAGCUCCCAACCUCAACAGCAAGACGGGGAGACAGAAGCUGGUCAAGCCCCUGAUUCAGGAGACCUCCCCAGCACUUCCGAUGAGAAAAAGGCACACGUCACUCGCCCAGCUGCGCCCGCCAUUCCUGUGGUACCAGUGCUGCCUAAGCAUAGUCCCAAGGCAUCCGCUUCCGUUACGUCUGCGGCGGAGGAGCAGCAAGGCGUCAACGGAGACGCUGCCAAGUCCGACGACCAGGACUCCGAAGUCGCUGCCACUGCCGACUCCCAACCCAACGACAAGAACGGUACUCCAAGCCCCGUCGUUCGAGCCCCGCCUACCAGCUGGGCGAACUUGUUUGCCAAGCCGUCGGCACGGGCUGCUGCGAAUGGCUCGGGCACCAGUGGCGAUGCUGUCAAUGGCGACUCGAAAGAUGGCUCAAACAACUUUGCAUCGGGCUUUGCGAAAUCGAACAUCCACUCUCUUGCCCAAGCAAUUCAGUCCUAUCAAGUCGACAACAUUGACAAGGUAGACUUCCUUGAGCCGCGUGGACUCAUCAACACUGGUAAUAUGUGUUACAUGAAUUCCGUUCUGCAAGUGCUCGUGUCUUGUGUGCCCUUCUAUGACUUCCUUGAUCAGGUCGGCAAGAAGGCUGCCCACAGCUUCAAGAGCGAGACCCCGUUGGUGGACGCUCUGAUCAUGUUCAUGAGGGAGUUCAAAGUGCUUAAAUCUGCGCCGUCGGUUGAGCAGCUUAACCGAAUCCUGAAGAGCGAGGAUUUCGAGCGUUACGGCGAACCCUUCACCCCCGAAUUUGUCUACGAUGCCAUUCGGCAUCUUCCCCGAUUUGCCAGCAUGCGACGUGGCCAUCAACAAGAUGCAGAAGAGUUUUUGGGCUUCCUUCUUCAGUCACUCGAUGACGAGUGCACCCAUGUCAUGAGGGAUCUGCCAAUGGGGAACGAAGAGGUGCCUUCGUCUAAUGCCUCGACUGGAUCUGGUGUCGCUUCUGAUGACUGGCUUGAAGUCGGUCGCAAGCAACGUGCCGCGGUCUCUCGCUUGUCGGGCCAUAAUACGUCAACCCCCAUUACCAAGAUCUUUGGUGGUCUUCUGCGAUCUGAAUUCCGCGUGCCAGGGCUGAAGGACUCCAUCACCACCGAACGCUACCAACCUCUGCAGUUGGAUAUUGGAUCCCCCGACAUCCACAACGUCGUGGAUGCCCUGCGUGGGCUGACUCGGCCCGAGCGUCUCCAAGGCGACUUCAACUCCCCACGCGGAAAAGACGUCGUGGCUACGAAACAAGUGUUUAUCGAAUCACUUCCCCCGGUCCUUAUUCUCCACCUCAAGCGAUUCCAAUUCGACGCUGAAGGACGUGGCACUGUGAAGAUCUGGAAGAAGAUUGGGUAUCCACUGGAGCUUGAGAUCCCCCGCGAAGCCUUGUCCAGACAACGCCGUCAGAACCUGGACAAUGCUUCAAUGCCUCGGUACAGACUCAUCAGCGUGGUCUAUCACCAUGGCAAGAAUGCCAGUGGCGGCCAUUACACAGUGGACGUGAGGCGACAGGAUGGCCGCGAAUGGAUUCGGCUGGAUGACACCGUUAUUCGGCGCAUCCGGCCCGAAGACGUUGCCGAAAGUGGCACCGAGGAAGACCCCAAGGACGCACGGAAGGACGCAGCCUCGAAUGUUUCCAGCAACCGUUUUGGAGCAAUGAACGACGAUGAUACCGGCGACGAAGACGGCUGGAAGCAAGUCACCGCACCCACAAGCGGUGGCAAGAAAUGGAGCAGCGUCGUCAACGGCGCAACGAACGGAGCUGCCAGGGACAAACAAGUCAAGGACAGCAUCAAGGACAACAAGGUUGCCUACAUCUUGUUCUAUCAGCGUAUAUAAGCAGCCCGCUGCGCACCUCUUUACACCGUCACGAUAUCUAAUGCGUUUUACGGCCGAGGGGCGGAUAUGGAGUGGAAGCCUUGUAUUAUCGGAGGAUUUGUACCUGAUGUCAUGAUACGGAAAUAAGUCAUCACCGUUUCCCUAAUUGGAGCUUUGAUUAUGGCAAAGGGCAAGGGAAAAGUAAUAGAGAGAACAAGCACAAAAGCCGGGGAUGGACAAGGUGGCAGGGGACUGGCGGGUGUCUUUACGGGUUCAGAUCUGGCGUUGCGGCGUCUCGGCACGAUUUCUCCAUGAUUCUCGUCGAGACUACAAGCGGAUGGACAGGGGGUCUGGAGGAGAAUGCUUUGGUGUGAGCUGAUAUUGACUGGAGCUUUCAAUGGGAGCUUCUGAGCCAGGGUAAAAAGCAUCUUUUUGGGGCAAGC